AGAGUCCAGGCCACGGGGCUCAGGACGACUUGGGUCAGCUCUGCUAAGGGGGUGUCUGCUGAGCACUUCCUGGGUCCCAGCCCUCCUGGGGUCGGGCAGGGGGCUGGGGCAGGGCUGCAGCAGGGGCUCCGUAAGGCCCUCUCGGGCUGGGAGGAGUGAGAGAGGCCCCUGCCAGCCUGUCACAGGCUCUUGGCACGGCACUGGCUCUGGCUUUCAGGCACACACACACACACUCACACACACGCACACACACUGGCAGGCACCCCCUUGGUGGCCUCCACGGUCUCACCUUCAGGCUCAAAGCUGGCUCCGUGGGGGAAACAGUGACAUGAGAGGCACACUACAGACCCACCUGCUGGCCUUCUCCCUUCUCUGCCUCUUCUCAAAGGUGUGUGCCCAGCUGUGCCCGACACCGUGCGCCUGUCCCUGGCCACCACCCCGGUGCCCGCUGGGGGUGCCCCUGGUGCUGGACGGCUGCAAUUGCUGCCAGGUGUGUGCCCGGCGGCUGGGGGAGCCCUGUGACCAUCGCCACGUCUGUGACUCCAGCCAGGGCCUGGUCUGCCAGCCCGUGCCUGGUGGCCGGGGCGCCGUGUGCCUCUGGGGAGAGGAUGACGGGCGCUGCGAGGUGAACGGCCGCGUGUACCGGGACGGCGAGACCUUCCAGCCCCACUGCCGGCUGCGCUGCCGCUGCGAGGACGGCGGCUUCACCUGCGUGCCGCUGUGCCCCGAGGACGUCCGGCUGCCCAGCCGGGACUGCCCCCGCCCCAGGAGGGUGGAUGUCCCGGGCCGCUGCUGCCCCGAGUGGGUGUGCGACCAGGGAGCGGGGCCGGGGGUGCAGCCCCUCCCGGCCCAAGGACCCCAGUUUUCUGGCUUUGUUGCUCCCUCAUCCCCUGGCGUCCCCUGCCCAGAAUGGAGCACAGCCUGGGGCCCCUGCUCCACCACCUGUGGGCUGGGCAUAACCACCCGGGUGUCCAACCAGAACCCCUUCUGCCGAUUGGAGACCCAGCGCCGCCUGUGCCUGCCUGGGCCCUGCCCACCCCCCAGGGGCCGCAGCCCAUGGAACAGCACCUUUUAGAGCUGGGCUGAGAACCAAGCCUCGGUGCCCGGCCUUCCCAGCAGGCAACUUGGCUACAGGCAACCAUCCAGCGUGGGUGCACUGUCGGGCCCUGGAGAAGCUUCACACGCCGCCUGGUCCGUCUGGACCCUGAGCCACAGCGGGGAUGUGUGCCCGGGUCCCCCUUCCUCUAACUCACAGCCUGGGAGGCUGGCCGGGUUUCUAGUAUCUUCUGGUCCAUUCUCAGCCUAUGCACAGCCUUUGUCAACCACGUGCACAGGCUAGCUUUCCAGGAGAUGGGGCAGCCAUGUCUCCCUUAGUCAUUAAGCUGAGCAGGUGCUGGGCUGGACUGCCUGUUUUCUGGGGGUAUGAUGAAAAGGGGCACAGAUAUUCUCACUCUCCUGCUUCCUUUCCCGGGGUGACAUACAAACGUCCCCGAACACGUGUCUAUGCAUGAACUUCUGUGUCAGGCUUGUGCUGUCUGAGAAAGCCCUCCCCGUCCUGGGCAGAAUUUAGGGGCUGAAGCCUUUGCAAAAAUCACAAGGUGAAAUCACACCGUCUUGAAGAAAGUCAGAGAAAGGCCUUUAACGUGAUGCAUUAAACCCAACUCGCGGUCGUAAGAAUUAACCUUUCUGGAGCUCGCGCCAUGUACCAGGCGCAGAGCUGGACGCCGUAUACAGGCCAGCGCUUCGCAGCAUUUUUGACUAGAGAAAGGCAGGGGACAAUGCAGGAUACCUCCCCAGGGCUGGGGAACAUGGCCGGAAAUAAACCAAGCCACAUGUGAAA